AUGAUUGCGUGGUCAGCAAUUGCUGCUCGCUUGCCGGGAAGGACAGACAACGAAAUAAAAAACUUCUGGAAUACCCACAUCAGAAAGAGGCUUCUCCGGAUGGGAAUCGAUCCUGUGACCCACAGCCCUAGGCUCGAUCUUCUGGAUAUGCCUUCAAUUCUAAGCUCUCAGAUGAGUCUAUCAAGCUGGCUCGGUGUUCAACCUCUUGUCAACCAGAGCUCCUAA